AUGCAGUUGGAGGUAGCUAAGCAAAAGGAGUUGGAGGAACCUAAGCAAUUAGAAUAUAACCGUUGGCAGCAAUAUGAGUUGGGUGACAAAAAACUGAAAAUACAUGAGUGGAUAGACAGAAACCCGAGGCCUAAAGAAAUAGAACAGCUGAUCAUACAAGAGGUAGAUCGAAUGUUUGCAGAAAAUAAAUAUAUUGAUGCAGAGAAUCCGUUGCCUCAUCUUCCCCUGUUCAUUAGAAGAGAAAUUCUGCACCAUCUCUGCUUACCCCUACUACAGAAACUGCGACUUUCUCAAGCAUCCUACAAGGAGAACAGUUACAUUAUUCGGGAGGGAGAACCACUUGAUGCAUUGCUCUUCAUCACGCGAGGCAUCAUUUGGACCUAUACAACUGGUCCUGAUCAUCGUCAAACUGGGUGUCUUACAACCGAUGACUUCUAUGGAGUUGAACUGCUAGAAUGGGUGUUCAAGUCCCCCUUCUUGAAAGACCCAUCCAACCUCCCCUUCUCGACCAGGACUCUCAGGUGCCAUACAAAAGUCGAAGCUUUCGCUCUUACGGUCGGCAACAUACAGCAUAUGCUAUAUCAACACUGGUCGAAGUUUAGCAAGUUCAGAGGGAUGACCGACUCCAAUUUGGUGCAAAGUUUUGCCGCAUCAAACCUUCAGGCAGCAUUUCGCCGCAGGCGAUACGCUCGUCAAAUGAUACUUGGUGAGUCUGACCAGAAGGCUAAGAAGACCGCAAGUGCCGAGGAGAACACUACUUUGGCACGAUUUUAA